AUGUCACGAAUGAGAAGACUUUCCGAUUCGUCACUACCGCCUUAUACAAUAACUGAUCAAAAUGGUCAUAUUGAUCGAAAUGAGGAUAAUAAUGAAUUAUCAGACGAAAGUACUGAAUCGGGUUCAUUUGUCAAUCUUUCGAUUUGGUCAAAGUUAGCCUACGCCUCUGUUGGAUUACCAUAUUCUAUGCAAUUGUCAAUCAUGGCUUUUUAUAUCAAUUAUUUUCUAUUGGAUGUGGCGAAAGUAUCACCAAAUUACAAUGCGAUCAUUUUAUUUACUAGUCGAGUUAUUGAUGGUUUAACUGAUCCGAUCGGUGGUUAUCUUUUUAGUCGAUUUUCAUUUCGAUGGGGGAAAAUGCGACCAUGGAUCUUCUUUUCCGCUCCGCUUGUUGCCGCUUGUUAUUUCGGUGUUUGGUGUCUACCGAACUUUUCCGAAGGUGGUAAAUUUGCUUAUUAUCUUGCAAUGCAUUCGUUAAUGUGGACAUUUAUGACCGCAUCACGUAUUCCGCACACUGCAUUGACUGUUUAUUUAACAUUGGAUCAGAAUGAACGAGAUCAAUUAACGAAAUAUCGAACACUAUUAGAAGCAGGUGGACUUUUACUUUCGAUUGUUUUCCAUUCGGGUAUCAUGACUCUUUUCAAAGUACCUAAAGAGUUAUGUUCACAUUGUGAAAACUCGACUUUGAUCGACCAACUAAACGACAGUAUAGCUGAAUUCAUAGAAAAUUCAACAACAGCAACAACAACGGGUUCUGCAAAUGUGGCAAAUGCUUACAUGACAUCUGCCGGUAUUGUCGCAUUCUUUUGUAUUGUGACAGCGAUAAUCUUAUUCUUCGGUGUUCGUGAAGUCGUUGAUGUGAUUCCAACGAGUGAAACGAGUUUUUUCCAUGGAUUUAAAAUGAUUCUUCAAUACAAACCAUUUCUGAUCUUAACAGCUGCAACAGUUGCAUCGAUUCUGGCCACACAGUCGAUUCAAAGUGUUUUGGAAUUGUAUUUAAAUCAUGUCAAAGGAAAUCGGACGAUAUUUCCGUUUCUCGCUGGAGCGUUAAUUAUAUCAACAAUGAUUCUGCUGUUUGUCUGGUCGAUCAUAAUGCGCAAAAUUGGAAAGAAGAUGAGUUUUUUCAUUGGAAAUUUGUGUCUAUUGCCAACAAUUAUCAUCAUAUUGAUUAAAGAAUCUCCAAUAGAGCUUUUGUUUGCUGCUGCAAUUUUAGGUGCAAAUACGGUCGCUUGUGGUUAUGUGAUGCCCUGGGCAAUGUUACCAGAGUGUAUCGAUGCCUUUAUGCUUGAGACAGGUCGAAGGCCGGUAGAAAUAUUCUAUACUUUCUUCUUUCUCGGUGCGAAAUUAGUCCAAGCUUUAUAUGCCGGAGUGGUUCAAUUAGCACUUGGUGCAAGUGGUUUCAAUGCGAAAUGUUGCGAUCAACCCGAAUCGGUCUCGUUGACGUUGAGAAUGCUGAUGGGAGCUGUUCCAGGGGGAAUUAUGGUAAUAUCCACGAUAUGUCUGUACUUUUAUUCAAUUGACGAUAAACGAGCGAAAGAAAUACAGUUUGAGUUACAACAAUUGAGAGCAAAACCGUCGGAAGGAGGUUUGAUCGAUGGUAUGUCGGACUCAAGCAGUGAUUCCGAAAUAACUCACUUUUGA